GUGUUUAUUAGGCACAUCCGCUAUGCCAGGACCUGGGCCGGGUGUCUGCUUGUGGAUUCAAAGGUAGAAAUGAGCUAGUGCCUCCCUUGAAGCAGCAUACAUCCUAGGGAGGAGUGGGACAACACUCACCAUGUUCACAGAUAACUUUUUCUCAGGGACAGCAUGGUCUGAGGUCAAUGGUUACAGCAGCCUAGAGGACACUGGAACCUUAGACGAACCCAGAAGGAUAAAGGGACCCGGGAAAGAGGAUUGUGGGCAGACUCAGCUUCUUGAACUCAGAAGGGGAAGGCCCUCUGGGAAGUCUCUGUGAGCUCAUGUGCCAGCAGGGCUCCUGAUGAUGCCCUCUGGGGCCACCGAGAGCAAGUGAAUUUCCUCUUCUUCAGGACAGUGUUUUGAAAACAUCAAGGUGAUUUGCCCCCGUCUUCUCUUCCCUAGGCUAAACAGCAUCAGUUCCUUCACCAGCCUUGGUCCCUCCUGGUUUCUGUUCAUCUCACCAUCCUGACAACCAAAGUUUCUCCAGGUGUAGGAAGCCCUUGGACCUGCCAGUUCCUUCAGAUCCACAUCAGGCCCCCCGGAUAUGGAACCAGGAAAUGAGACAUUUGACUCAUCAGGCUCCCCACCCUCCUGCGUCUUCCAUGAGAAUUUCAAGCAUGUGCUUCUGCCCUUGGUGUAUUCGGUGGUGCUGGCUCUGGGUCUGCCCCUGAAUUCCUAUGUCAUUGUACAGAUCUGGCUGUCCCGAAAGGCACUGACCCGUACGGCUAUCUACAUGCUGAACCUGGCCUUGGCCGACCUGCUCUAUACCUGCUCCUUGCCCCUGCUUAUCUACAACUAUGCCCAGGGUGACCACUGGCCCUUUGGCGACAUCUCCUGCCGACUGGUCCGCUUUCAGUUCUACACCAACCUCCAUGGCAGUAUCCUCUUCCUGGCUUGCAUCAGUUUCCAGCGCUACCUUGGUAUAUGCCACCCCCUGUCCACCUGGCACAAGCGCUGGGGCCGUGGCUCGACCUGGCUGGUGUGUGGGGCUGUGUGGCUGGCAGUCUCGGCCCAGUGCCUGCCCACCAUUGCCUUUGCUCAGACAGGAAUACAACGGAACCGCACUGUCUGUUAUGACCUGAGUCCCCCGAGCUUGUCUGCCAACUAUCUGCCCUAUGGCAUGGCCCUCACCUUCACUGGCUUCGUGUUGCCCUUCAGCGCUGUGCUGGCUUGCUAUGUGCGCCUUGUGCGCCGUCUCUGCCAGCAAGGUGGCCCUGAGGGGCCAGCAGCAGCAGAGAAGCGGGGGAAGGCAGCUCGUAUGGUUGUGGUAGUGUUGGCAGCCUUUGCCAUCAGCUUCCUACCAUUUCAUGUGACCAAGACUGCCUAUCUGGCUGUCCGAUCGAUGCCUGGGGUUUCCUGCACUGUUCUGCAGACCUUUGCGGCUGCCUACAAGGGCACAAGACCCUUCGCCAGUGCCAACAGCGUCCUCGACCCCAUCCUCUUUUACUUCACGCAGAAGAAGUUCCGCCAGAGCCCCCAGCAGAUCUUGUCCAAGCUAAGUGCUAAGUGGCAGCGGGGACAUUGAGCACAGAAGGGCAAUAACGGGGUCAUGGGCCCCAGAGGGCUUAGCCGGGCAUCAGCUCUAGGUUGUCCCCCUGUGCUGCCCUAGGGUCAACUCCUUCAGACAGCAGUGAACCCAAUGACAACUGUAACCUCCUCCCCCAAGGGAGAGAUGUGCCCAGAGACUGCUGAGGAUCCCAGUGGCCUGAGGAAACUUGGGGUGAAGUGGCAAAGAACGCUAGACUGGAAGUCAGAGAUCCUGGUUUCAGAUCCUGGUUCUACUUCCUACUUCCUAUGUGUGACCUUGGGCAAAUCACUUAACUUUUCUGGGCCUCAGUUUCCCUGAAAGGAUUGGGUAAUUUCAAGGGGAAGAGAUGUGAAGAUCCAGCUCUGUAGGCACUCUGCUCUGGAGCAUGUGGAACAAAAGGAAUCCCUCUGGGAUCUGCAGUGAUUUUCAAACUCCCAGCUGUGGCCCAAAUCGAUUCACACUCAUCACUUAUUUAUUGAGCACUUCCUUACUCUGUGUGGGGAGUUGGGAACAAAAAGAAGUGUGAUAGAGCAGAGAGAGCCUGAGGAAUAGAGCAGAGGAGGGACCUGGGUGUGAGUCCAACCACCAUCUUACUGUAUGACCGUGAAUAAGGCUACCCUCCUCGGAGGGCCUCCUCUGCUUCCCCAGACACAGAAGGAGGUGAGUGGGCUUACUGUGAGGAUCAAAUGGUGCAGUCAUGGUAAAGCACUUACAGUAAGAGCUAUAUCCACAUUAACAACCAUCAUGACAAUGACGGCGACAGUGGUGGUGAUGAUGACAAUAUGAUCGCCAAGGUUCCUUCCAGCUCCAAACGAUAUGAUAUGAUCCUGAGUGGCUCCCACCCUCACGGAGCUCAGAUUUAUGGGAGGCAGCAAGGGAUGGGGCUAGGGGUGAAAGGGUGGGAAUAUAAGACACAAACAUGACCACUAGGCCAAAUGUGCUAAGGGCCCAGUGAGGAUAAAGAGGCGGAGCUAUAGGAGCUGCUUGCUAAUCCUAAAACCCAAGGACCCCGAUCCUCCCUCUCCCACCACCAAACAUGCUCCUAAGCCUGCUUGACUUCAUGAGCCUCAGUUUUUUCAUCUGUAAAGUGGGAGUGUUAAUACCUAUAAUACUUACCUCACAGGGUUGUUGUGAGGCUUGGAUGAAAUAUUGUAUGUAAAGUGUCAGCAAUCUUUACAAUGUCAUACGAACA